AUGGAAAAGCUUAUUGUAAUCAUUGCUGUCACUGGUGUUCAGGGCUCUUCUGUUGCAAACGUUUUCCUUCGUGAAGGUGGAUGGAAGAUACGCGGUAUUACCCGAGAUCCCUCCAAACCUGCAAGCAGAGCUCUCGCUGCCAAAGGUAUUGAAAUUGUUAGGGGCGAUGCAGAGGAUAUCGAAUCCAUCAAGGCUGCCCUCCGCGGUGCUUCAGUUGUUUUUGGGAACACGGUAUUCCCAGAGGCUUUUUCAAAUCCAACUGCAGAGAAUGCACCUACACUAGCGCCUGGACAAAGUCUCCGAGAAUGGUGCUAUGAGACUGAGCUGCGACACGGAAAGAAUAUCGCCGACGCUGUCGCUACUGUAGACACUCUUGAUCUAUUUAUUUGGUCUUCAUUAUCAGACGCGAAGAAAUGGAGUGGAGGAAAGUAUACCGGCGUCUACCAUUUUGAUGCAAAAGCACAUGUUGUUGAUUAUAUUCAUAACGAAUACCCAACUCUAGCAAAGAAAAUGUCUAUUCUCCAGAUGGGCUUAUUUAUCACUAAUUGGAAAUGGGGUCAGGCCGCUGUUCCGUGGGAGAAGCGCCCGGAUGGCUCAAUGGUACUCCGUGUGCCUGGUAGUGGUGACGUUCCCGUACCUCUGGUUGUCCCUUCCGAUGCGGGAUAUUUUGUCAAAGCUCUCACCCAGGUUCCAGCUGGGAAAAACUUGAUCGCUUUCGGCGACCGUAUGACCUGGGCUGAAUACGUCCAGCUAUGGAGCAGAAUCACAGGUGUUCCAGCUACUUUCGAAAAGACCACAGUGGCGGAGCAUGCUAAGCUUGCGCCAGGGGGGUACGGGGAGGAGAUGGCAGAGAUGUAUGCGUAUGCCCAAGACUAUGGCUACGACGGCAGUGAUCCGUCUGUUGUUUCGGCCCAUCAAGUAAGUGUUCGACCUCUUGCAUAUGUGCGUGUUUUAUCCUAA